CCAACUGGUCAGACCGUCGAAUGCGUAUUUUCGACUGCGGACGAUUUCGAGUCGCUCGGAGUUAACGUUAACAGUUAUUUUUAGUUAAAAAUUGCAUCCGAUCAGUCGGGAACGCGAGUUAAAGCCCGCGACUAUGUGGUGUUCAAAGACGGCCAUCCGCAAGAUAGGAAUCUGAAUCGGAAUCUUAAUCCGACGAAUCCCAAGAUUCGGCCCAAGAACUUCAGCACCAGAUCGAAAAUCCACACACACGCACUCCAGCACCAAUACCAAUAUUAAUACCACGGCGACAUAUGCACACAAUCGCAGUCGGAUUCGGUUUACUAACGGUAGUUCAGUGAUUGCGGGAAAGGGACAGCGAGGAUAACGGGAAAGCAUGGCAUUGCCGAAGAAAAUUAAAUGUUUUAAGUAUUUGGUUUACAGUUAUGUGGUGCUCCUAGCGCUGACUGGAGCUGCGCAGAUCUUCCUGGGAACAUCCCUGCUCUGGGGACACUCGGUCUACUAUGGCAUGGUGCAGAACAAGCUGUGGGCUCCGGCCGCGAUCCUGCUUUGCCUGGGACCCGUCACCUUCAUCCUCUGCUGGAUGGGCUGCCAGGCCACCAAUCAACGCAAGCGCUGCCUCCUGGGCAUGUUUGCCGCCCUUUUGGUCGCCUGCAUCUGUGUUCAGUUUAUCAUCUGCGGCUGGUCUCUGGCCAUGAGGGAGAACCUGCCCACUUCCGUGGAGAUCUUCAUCGACGACUCAUUUGUCGAGUUCUUGGACAAGUUUUCGCGCACCAAGGUGGAUAACCUACAUCUGUGGAACAGGAUGCAGUCGCAGUUGCAAUGCUGCGGCGUGGACGGUCCUCUCGAUUACCGCCGACUUUCGCUGCCCUGGUCCUGCUGCUCGCGUCCGGAGCACGCCUACGAGUCAGCAUGUGAUACCCACUACAAGCGCGGAUGCCUGGCCGUCGUGUCGGAGCAGAUCAGGAACCGGCUGCUGAUCACCGCCUUCGGAGCUGCCGUCAUAGCCAUUUUCCAGAGCCUGGGAAUCUUCUGUGCUGUCCACCUGACUAUUCUGUUCGGCAAGAACGACAACACCCAUCCCAUGAACAUGAACCGGAAAAAGAAGCAGCAGCAGUUCUUGCCCCUGACCAUACAGGAUAAAAGGCACGACAUGCCCUCGCCCAUCAAUCUAUCCCCUUCAGCACCCGGGCAGCGGGUUUUAAAAACUGCUCUGCCCUCGGCCAUGCACAAAUGACAGACGAUUAGCUUUUAAGGAUGCAAAAAUUUAUGGAAACUCCAAAGAAAAAGUAUAAAAAAAAUGUUGUAAACUGAGAUGGAAUGAAUAUAACUGUGACCCUCAAUGUUACGUUAUGGUAAUUUUAAACAAUUUAACGUUCGAGAAAAGAAACAACAUUUGAAUUUGGAUUAACUCUCCAGUAGUUUAAUUAAAGCUUAAAAACAA